AUGUGUCGAGUGGCACCCAAUCCUUAUAAAAAUUUACUCUACAAAGACUAUCCGAAGAAAAAUGCCGAUCGUGUUAAUGCAAUGGCUCGUGAAAAAGUGAUGUCAGACGUAGCAAAGAAGCAAAUUGCAGAAAAAGUGUACGAACGUCUCGAACCAAAAAUUAAUGAAAAAACGGCAAACAUGAACUCAAUUGCAACUAAGACUGCAUGUAAAUUAGUCAAGACAGCAAUCGAAAAAGCUGUAAAUGAAGGUGUUGAUCGAGUCAUGCUCGAUAUAACUGACAAACGCAAGAAAACAUGA